UGAUUGGAUACUUGAAUUUGGGUCUCAACUGAAAGUAGGUCAAUUUUAUUUGCUUGAAUUUAAAUUAGAUCCGUAGAUCCGGGACUUUUUGUCCUCUUUGACAGCCAGUUUCCUAUGCCUUGACCCCUAAUCGCGAUUCAAAAACGGCAACAUAAAAAGGAGCAACAAAUAAAUCACCAUCUUCCCUGCCGCUUUGUUAGCGGUCAAUUGGCAUGGCAAGGCACUUGAAAUUGGUCUUAAUCAUCUGCAUCUUGGCCUUGGUGGCGCAUGCAGCCGUAAAUGAGUCAACAUUGCGACGGCAUCGCUAUGAUUACGGACUUUUUAAUGGCAGCCUAGAGUUGGCAACAGAAGUGAUUACAAAAGAUAUCCAGAGGAAAGAAGGAUCUAUGGAACAAACGAGCCAUGAGCCACAUCUCAUUCGAAGCUCUGUCAUCUUUGGAUUAACCAAAGUGGCCAAUGAGAGCAAUGUGAAUCCCAGAUGCCAUGCCCAUCUCAAACAGGUGCAGCGCGGAAUUCUCAGUAAGCAAGCUUGGGCCAUAAAGGUUCUUGAUGCGUCGGGAACCAAGCCAUCUGGUUUCGUUUUUGGCCAAAACUAUUGGUUGGGAAGUCGGGAAGCAUGUCGUGGCGUCCAGAGACCAGUUGGUAUCACUUUAUCUCGGAACUAUGAGCGAGUGAUGCACUACAGCAUCCUGACACAAAGGGCACCCUUUGGAAUGGACUACCGGGUGAUAUACCUUCGCCACCAAUCACCUUGGCAGGUGGAGAUCAAGGUGAUGUCCGAACAGGUCCUUCACAUUGGUCUAUGCUUACCCAGUUCCUGCGGCUCCGAAGAGGUGAAACAGCUGGCCAGGAACUAUGUGUCCGAAGGUUCAUUCGCCGAAGACGACAUCUUCGACAUGCAACCGGAAGUGCUCUACAUUAAGGAUCUGAAGCUGAGUGAACGCUUUUUCCAGCGAUUGACUUUCCGGCUGGUAGUGGCUGCCAUCCUGGUAACAGGAGCUCUUAUGCUCUGUGCCCAGCAACUGCGGGUGGCCAAGACGGACGGUGAACCAGAUGAGGGUUUAGCUCCUGUGGAAUCGGAGCUCUGGCACGCACUGGAGUCCCUGUUGAAAAGGGAGCCACUUAAGAAAUUUGUAUCCUGCUUUGAUGUGACGAAUAAUUGGAAAAAAAUCUCCGCCACGAGGGAUAACCAGCCAGGGGAAAUCCCAAUCAUGAAUGGACUAAGAUCUGUUUGCGCCAUCUGGAUCCUUAUCUUCCAUGUGGUGUGGUACAUGUACUUUACAGUGCAUAACAAAACAGUGCUGCUGUCUUAUGCGGAGAAGGUCUUCUUCCAGUAUGUUUCUACGGCCCCUCUUCUGGUUGAUGUAUUCUUCACCAUCAGUGGCUUUUUGCAAACCUACAACUUCCUCAGAAAUGUCAAUCAAAUGAAGGAAGUGCGUCGCAAUGGCCUGUGGGGCAAUAUGAAGCUUUUUGGAAAGCUGCUGUUCCACCGAUACCUGAGAUUAGGUCCACUCUACUUGGUGGUGAUGGGUAGCGUUGACUUGGCCUUUGCCUACAUAGGAGACGUUUCGGUCUUCCAUAUUAACGAGAGAUUUGACGAGCUGUGUCCACAGUACUGGUGGAGAAACCUGCUCUUCAUCCAGAACCUUUUCGAUCACCGGGAGAUGUGUGCCAAUUGGAGUUGGAGUCUGGCAUGUGACAUGCAGUUCUUCUUGCUGGCAAACAUUGUACUCUUUAUUUACGCCAAGCAUCCGAAAUUGGCCAAAGCACUUACACUUUCUGGACUCAUGGCCACAAUAAUCUGGUCCUACGGCAUUGGAAUCACCAACAAUUUUGAGUUCUCCUUCGAUUCCACCUAUGCUACUGGCACCCUGAUAUACACGAGUCCUUUUGUGAGGGUUCUACCUUAUAUUGUGGGAGCGAUAGCCGCUUGGUGUUUCCAGGAGAAACAAUUCCAGUUAGAGAUGAGUGAACGACGGACUCGCCGGCUGUGGCAUUUAAGUAUCCAGGUAUUCGUGGGCUGCAUUUACUCCACGGUAAAGCGGGACCUGGGCCAUCUGAUCACCAUAUCACUGUUUGUUCUGGGACGGGGUUUGUUUGCCCUUACUGUUUGCUGGAUGAUCGUGGGCAGUGCAUCCGGAAGUGGCGUUUGGUGGUCACGACUGCUGGAGGCCAAGUUCUUUCAGCAUCUCAAUCGCCUGUCCUAUGCCAUAUAUCUAUUGAAUCCCCUGGUGAUUGCCCUCGUUUACAGUUUGACCAGCACGAGUUCUGCAGUUGAUCCUUUUCUGCUAAGCGUCGUCUGUUGCGGAUUUACGGUGAUCGUCUAUCUUGCCUCCAUCGCCUUUUCUCUGGCUUUUGAGCUGCCCUACAGCAAUCUGUCCAGUUUGCUGCUCAAGGGAAAACCAAAAACCUCAUAAACUGUGAUUACAUCUCAUUGUUAGCAUUAUAUCUAAGUCAGUUAUUAAUAAGAAAUUAUGGUAAAAAAUAUAUUUGGAUAACAAAUCUUAAAUAUUACAAUACAAUUUUG